GUGAGGGUUUCACUCAGUUCCAUUAGUGCGCUCUUAGAGAUCACAUCGGUAGAAUAAACAUUCUCGCGAAAUUCUGUUAUUCUCUUGUGUUGUUCUUACAGAAUGAUUUUUAACAACAAAUUGUUAACACAACAAGUUGAGAUUUUUUCAUCUGUGAUGAAGUUUCAGAAUAAAUUCAUGUAAACUUUAUUUUCGAACAGUUUAAAGUUUUAUUUAGUUUGUUAUGGUAAUUUUACUACAAUUGAAAAUAUCGUGCAAGGCAGGAAAAUUGUCUGACCUUCAGAGUGAGAAGCCAUUAAAUGUUUUCAGUUUUACCUCUUAUAACAUUUUCGAUUUAUAAUUGGUGAUUUUCAAAUGAAAUUAUAAAUAGUUCUCUAAUGCCAGCUUUAAAGAUUUUCGGCCGAAAAUGGCUGGUAGCAUCAGACGACUUUGUUUUUCCAUGCAUUUUCGAAACACUUUGGAGAGUCAUUAUACUUGUUUUUGUGUCGACAUCUCUUUACCGCUAUUGGAUAUUCUUCGAUGAAAAAGUCAUAAUUGAGGAUAACAUCAAUGUGCACUUUCUGCAAUCGCCAUCACCAAGCGAAUCUAUCUCUUGUCGCAGUAACGAUGUCGUCUUUAUUCAAACAUAUUUUAUCGGAUUUAUUUCGAUACUUUUGUUAAACUUGCCAUUAUUGCUUUUAAUGAUUUAUCACAGCGCCCAAGGCAGUAUCACUGAUACCGAAUCUAGACGAUUAGUUAAACCUCUCCUAUAUUUAAAAAUUAUUUUUAUUCUCCCCGAGACGGCGAUGAAUGUCAUGGGAACUAUAUGGAUGUUUAGUGGAUUUGUUAAUUGCUUUAUUCCGAAUGAUAAUUUUGCUAACACAACAAUUGAAGUUGUCGUGAUUUUUUAUUGGAUUAUCCUGUGCUUGAUAAUCUUUGGUUUCAUAUUUACAUAUGAUCCAAUGGGUAGCCGAAAGUACCGAAGACUCACUGAUGGGAACGAUAACAUCAAUUCAGAUGAACAUCACGAAUUCAUGCAUCGAAAAGUAACAAAGUUAUGGCUUCGUCGAUUAAAGUUUCUUGUUUGUUGUGUUGGUAAAGACGAGAACGGCGAUGAAGCGUUCACUCAAAGUGCAGAACUAUUCAGCCACUUGUUUCGUGGCACUGACUUAGUUCCAUCUGAUAUACUUGCUGGAUCUAUUCUACUUCGUGUUCGGCAGAAGAAAGAAUAUCGCGAACAAAACCGCAUUGAUAUGUUGAACGACUUUUGCCCGGGAUACUCUUCAGACUUACCGAAAGUUUUCAACUCACAAUGUCCAUCAUGGAUGACCUUGAAAAAUGCGCAACACUUUCUUCGCUUCGCUGUAUCAAGCUAUGGGUGGCCGAUGGUCUGUGCCAUUGCUCCUUGUAAAGGUUGUUUUGGAAUGAUCAGAAAGAUAAAAUGUUGUGCAUGUAUGAGGAGUAAACCUGACUAUGUGGUUGACGAUAACUGCUGUCUAUGUAAUGUAGCUGGAGCGAGAUACGCGUCACGUAUUCAUAGCGAUGAUGUCAUUUACGCAACUUUUAAAAAUCAAGUUUUCGAGAUUCCAUUUUGCAUUCUUGCCGAUCACAGUAAACACUGUGUGGUGUUGUCUAUAAGAGGAAGUUGGUCGAUGAGUGACAUCUUCACAGACUUGGCAGCAGCUCCAGCACCUUUUCAUGCACAAGGAAUGCCAGAAAAUACCGUCGCUCAUUAUGGAAUGUCUUUAUGUUGUGAAAAAAUCCUUGCGAAGUUAAUGGAAGAUAAUUUAAUUGAGAGAUCUUUGGCACAAUAUCCCGAUUAUGAUUUUGUUAUAACUGGACAUAGUUUGGGAGCUGGUUUAGCUGUUUUAGUUGGUGCGAAACUUCGCCCACUUUUUCCUGAUGUCAAGGUCUAUGGAUUCGCAACACCAUCUGGUCUGUUGACUCGAGAAGCAGCUAAAUAUACGGAACAGUUUGCUUUCACUGUCGUAUGUGGUGAUGAUUUUGUGGCACGAAUGAGUCUUGAAUCAGUGGAAAAUUUAAAACAUGGUAUUCUUGAAACUCUCCAAUCAUGUAGACUGCCAAAGUAUCGCGUGGUUCGUAAUGGAUUUACUUAUGCAGUUUUGGGUAUUCCUUCGAAAGAUUUAGAAAAGUCAUGGCAUGAAGUCACAGAAACGCCUCACCAGUCUAAUUAUUCUUCAAUACUGCUUGAUCCCCAGUCAGUCGCAACAAUUUCUCAUCAUGCAUUUGGCGGAAAUCCAACGGUCCAAAAACCUCGUCAAAAGCUUUACAUUGCUGGGCGAAUUCUUCACAUUGUCCGUAAGAAAAAAGAACAUUUGGAUAGGAAAUCAAAACAAAAUGCGUAUGAAAUGAAAUGGGCUGAACCAGAAGAUUUUCAUGAGAUGAAAAUUAUGCCACGAAUGAUGUUCGAUCAUUUUCCACACAAUAUCUUAAAAGUUUUGACAACAAUUCUUAAAGAUAGAAAAAGUGAUUCGAUUUUAUCUGUUGAGAAAAUAUGAACACCUUUUUAUUGUCUUUGAAAAGCUGUGAUAAAUUAAUGAGAAUUCCGAUUUUUGAAUCUCUUUUUAACAGGAAAAUUUUUGAUAUUUCAUGAAACAAAAAUAUGAAUGAACGAGCAAGAAUUUCAAUUAUUUUAAAACAUAAAGAAUUGGCUAAUGUAGGAAAUGUCGAACAAAGUCCAAUGACUAUGAAAGUGAUCAACAUGUGCAAUUGAAGGUUUUUAGGGUAAGAAUCCAAUUUCGAAGCAACAGACAGUUAAAGCUUUUAAAACAUUUUACAUUUAAUAACUUCAGCUUGUAUACAUUGAAUGUUAUAACUUACAAUGAUGUUUCAUUGUCAUCUAGUGAAUCUCUAUUCAGUAAUUAAGAAAUAAAUUAAUUAAAAUCUAUA